ACUUCACUCAUCUCACAACUCUUCAAGAACAAAGUUCUAUAAUUCUUUAUAAAACAAAGAAACAUCCAUGGAGUUGUUUCAUCAACAAUUCAUUCCGCCAUGGCUGGCAGGAAUCUCUUGUGUUCUUUUCACACUCCUGUUUGUAGGCUCGCUCUACUUGUUUCCUAUCCCAGGCGAUAACUCAAGGGUCAAGGAUAAAGAGAUCAAUAGGUCUUCACCAGAAUAUCAAUCUCUGAGACGUAGAUUGGGCAGAGACCAUCCACUAGUGAUCCAGCAAAGGGUCAAGGGCACUAUUUUGACUAUGAUUCUCGUCCCCAUUUACCUUUGGUUUGUCUUUUCAUAUACUGGAGUCCUUUCAUCAGAGCUGACAUUCGCAGCAAGGUUCAAUAUUUUUCUUCGACUUCUUGGCAUUAUGAUCCCAUCAAAUCCAAUCAAACUGUUAAGCCAUUUGUUUAUGCCAGUGGCAUUGGUGGCGAUUUUGUUCCUUGGUCCACUGUUCAAGAUGUUCCUUAACAAGGAGCUUCCAUUCCAAUCUCAAUUUCAAUGGACAGCUCAUUGGUGUCACUUCAAAGAGUGGAUAGGUAUUCGUAACUAUAUUGUGGGACCUAUUUCUGAAGAACAUGUUUUCAGAGCUUGUAUGGUCGCAAUUGCUGCUUGUUCUGGAGCCUCAGUGAAUGCCAUGGUGUUUGGUCUUUCGCUUGUUUUUGGAAUAGCUCAUUUACAUCAUGCAUACGAGUCCUAUGUCAAAAAUGGUCGAACGCGCCAAGCACUUGUACAAUCAAUCAUGGUGGCACUACUACAGUUGACCUAUACAUCCUUGUUUGGUUGGUUUGCUACGUUCCUGUUCCUGAGAACUUCAAAUAUUUUAGGGCCCUGUUUAAGUCAUAUAUUCUGUAAUAUGAUGGGGUUACCAGAUCUCUCCGAUAUUCAGCUUUAUGGACAUUGGAAGAAAUGGAUAUACUUUUCGUUUCUCCUCGGAAUGGUUUCGUUUGGUGUAUUAUUAGGACCAAUGACAAAUCCAUCGCUUUAUGGUGAUGCCACGAGCUCUAUAUACUGGCCGUUGAUGGUCGCAUAAAACACGUAG